AGGCCGGUAACGAAGUCCAAGGCGACGUGGGACCAAGGGCGGCUCGGCAAAGGUAAGCAGACCAGCUGGGGGCUGGUGUGAAGUCUUCCGUCGGGCACAGACGGAGCAGGCUUGGACGAAUUCCCGGGUGUCUUUGAACAGGCUGGGCCACCAGAAAUGUUUCUGGAUGAAAUUGAUGGUGCGGGUGAUGCCGGGAUGACAGGUGAGCUUGGAGUUGUGGGCCCACUGAAGGCCAUCAGAGCGUGCGGAAUCGGGUACGAAUAGUCUGUUCAGAGGUCCGGUCUUGGGAUCAGGGUGAGUCUCUUGAGUGUGUUUGACAAUCUGCGGCUGCCCCAACGAAGCAGGAGGAGGGGAGGAUAGUUUUGUGUUCUGCAGGGUUGGAAAGGGGUGAGUAUAUGCGAGACAGGGCAUCAGGUUUGCUGUUGCGGGAUCCAGGUCGGAAGGAGAGGCUGAAAUUAAAUCGGCUCAAGAAAAGGGCCCAGCGAGCUUGUCGGGGGUUAAGAUAUUCGGCAGAACAGUGGUAGGCAAGAUUCUUGUGAUCAGUUCAAAUAAUGAACGGUAAUUCAGUCCCCUCCAGCCAGUGCCUCCACUCUUCUAAUACCCAGAUGAUGGCCAAUAGCUCUCGGUUGCCAACGUCGUAGUUCCGUUCGGCGGAAGAUAGGCGACAGGAAAAGAAAGCACAGGCAUAAAGUUUUUGGGGAGAGGGGUCCCGCUGUGAGAGAACACCCCUGUCAACCUCCACCACGAACUGGAGGGAGGGGUCGGGAUGUCGGAGGAUGGGAGCACUGGUGAAAAGUGUCUUGAGUUGGUCGAAGGCUUGGGAUCCUGCCAGGGUCCAUUGAAACGUAGAGCUGGUGGAUGUAAGGCUAGUGAGAGGGAUUGCAACUUUACUGUAAUUUCGGAUGAAGUGAUGGUAGAAGUUGGCAAAUCCAAGGAAACGUAGUUCUUUGCGGUUGGUGGGAGUGGGGAAGUUAACGAAAUGGCCAGGUCUUUGCUGAAAACUGGGGAGAGAUCAUGAUAUUUCUCAUGUACCCGCAUUCGCAUUCACCCGCAAGUAUUCUGAAUUCCGCAGAAUAUGUGGCAGCGGAACUAGCGCCCAGAGUGAGUGUAAGGAGACGGCGGAUGGCUUCUCUGCCCUGGAUGGGGUGAUCGAAAACCUUCUUUAAUUUGGCGAAAAAGGAGUGGAAUGACGUGAGUACAGGGGAAGAGUUAUGCCAUAGCACGGUUGCCCACUUAGCUGCUUUGCAGCGUAAAAGGUUGGUGACGAAACCAACUUUGGAUUGUUCGGUGGGAUAGCUUAACAGUUAUAAGUUGAAGACCAGAGAGCAAUUUAGGAGGAAUUGGUUGCAAGCUCCUAAGUCCCCUGAGUAGGGUUCGGGCGGAGGAACGUGAGGCUCUUUGUAUGGGAAGUGGGAUGGCUUGCCGGGUGCGGGCUCGGAAGGAGGACUUACGGGAGGGCGGUCGGACUGCAUUCUUGAGGAAAGGAGGGAAACUUGCUGCGUGAGGGAGUGUAACAUUCCAUGAUCUCUUGAAUAAUUUUAUCCUGUUUACCUAUGUGGGCGGCUUGGAGGGUGAGUGCUUGAGCACCUCCGGGGUUCCUGAGUCCAUGGUGGCCAGAGUAUUCUGAACACGUUAAGGUUUUAACUGGACCCAGAAGCAAACACAGGCUGAGAGGGUUGCGGUGAAAGGUUUAUUGAAGAGGAUAUCAAGGUGGAUCCCUGGGGCGUAUUGGCAGGUCGUCGGAACAGGGAAAGCGCAGCAGGCGGUGGCGUGAGCAGGUGGAUAGCUUGGCGGAGGAGUUCAGCAUGGCGGGGAACACCGAAGGGUACUGAGGACAUGGAAGAACACGGAGGUCAGAGGUAUAGCAAAGACUGCCGUAGCUUACGUGCAGGUUUGAGAGCCGUAGUAGCACAGGAGAACAUUAAUACUCUGGCAGUGGAGUCUUGGAUCUGGCAGGCUUGUAUGCAGGUGGUGAUGAAGGCUGAUUGCUGAGAGGUGGUGCUGAUUACUUGGAAAAGAGAGAGGAAGGGAGGGAGAGAGGGCGAGAGGGGCGCACAGCGCCACCCAAGCUCCAACAAAAGAGCUUCAGGGCACAGCUCAUGACAGAACCACUUUUAAACAAAAUUGCAGUGUCUUUGCAACAAAUGUAUAAAACUUCAGUGAUCAUAGCAUUACAUCAUUGGCAGAGGUACCAAGUCAGAAUGAGGCAAAUAGUCAUUAGCUUUUCUUUCUUUCAUCAUUGAAAAGUCUAACUAGUAUUAAAAGUAUUUUUUUUUGCUAACAAGGAAAGUGACUUAACUCUUAAACUCAUAACAUGGUGUAUACUACAAUACUAUAUUAUACUAGUCUACACUUAUUUCCAUAGUUUGGGAGAAAAAAAUUGUUCACGCACCCACAACACAUUGCCAAACAACAAGCUACACGAUGAAACAUUUACUGUUGGUUUUUGUUUAUGGACAUCAGUAUUUUUACUUUUGUCAACGUUGAACAGGGCAACUACAACACUUUUGUGUCAGGCUUGAAAUGAAUCUAUAAAUCUCAGUAACAUCAGCCAUAAUGCCAGUGGCUGCUGGCACACAAGCUAAAAAAUAAAUUUCGGUGUAUGUUUAUGUUGAGCCUGGGAUUUUAGAUGUGAAUGGCAAACUACUUUCAGAGGCUCUAAAUAGAUUUUGAGCUGUCUAGAUUCAAUUAUGAGAAAAUGUUGGAUUGGAUCUAUUUGUUUUUUUUCCCCUAUUCUCUUUAUGUGCAAAGUGAUUGCCCUGUUACACUCCAAGCAGAUAGAAAAAAUAUAUAUAGGAAAAGGGCAUAUGUCCAAGUCUACUGUGUAAUUGCUGCCUGGGAACAAAACAAUCAUCACUUAAUUCACACUUUUCACAUAAACAUUGCAGUAAAAUGGAACCAGCGACAUUUCAUUGACAAAUCAUUCUUGUUGUGUGUUUGCUAUGUUUAACAAUUACUCUGUUUAGGUGGUCGUGCAGAGUGUUUGUGAUUCCAGGCAGAUAAAAUGAGCCCUUGUCAGUGGGAGGCCUCAUUCCAUCCCACUCUCUCCAACACUUGUCCCUCUGCAACCUCCCAAUGCUGCAGUAGCAUGGCAGCCUAGCUGGGGAGAAAACAAGCUACUCUCUUCUAUACUACUCUUCUAUAGCACUUUUCUAAAACUCAAACAGCAGAUGAACUAUGAAUGCUGAACAAAAUGAUCUCCUCCCUCCAGCGCCAGACAAUGAGAAGUCGUAGGCUAAAGGGGGCGCUGUCCAACCCCCUCUUUGUGCUGCUCUUGGCCCUUCAGAUCUUGGUGGUGGCCGGGCUAGUUCGAGCACAGACCUGUCCUUCUGUCUGCUCUUGCAGUAACCAGUUCAGCAAGGUCAUAUGCACCCGUCGCAGUCUACGGGACGUGCCAGAUGGUAUCUCGACCAACACCCGUUACUUAAACCUCCAGGACAACCUCAUACAGGUUAUCAAAGUGGACAGUUUCAAACACCUGCGCCACCUGGAGAUUCUGCAGCUGAGCAAGAAUCAUAUUCGCAGCAUCGAAAUAGGCGCCUUUAACGGACUCGCUAGCCUAAACACCUUGGAGCUCUUUGAUAAUCGACUUACGACAAUCCCCAAUGGAGCAUUUGAGUAUUUGUCCAAGCUAAAGGAAUUGUGGCUUCGGAACAACCCUAUUGAAAGUAUACCAUCCUAUGCCUUCAACCGAGUCCCCUCGCUUCGAAGGUUGGACCUAGGUGAGCUGAAACGUCUCUCCUAUAUUUCCGAUGGAGCCUUCAAGGACUUGAGCAAUCUGCGCUAUUUGAAUUUGGGAAUGUGCAACCUCAAGGAGAUCCCUAACAUCUUACCACUGGUAAGACUGGAAGAACUGGAAAUGUCUGGAAAUCAGCUUUCCAUUGUCAAGCCUAGUUCAUUUACGGGAUUAGUGAACAUCCAGAAGCUGUGGAUGAUGCAUGCCCACAUCCAAACAAUUGAGAGGAAUUCCUUUGAUGACUUGCAGUCAUUAGUGGAGCUUAACCUUGCUCACAACAACCUUACCUUUCUUCCGCAUGACCUUUUCACACCUCUUCAUCGGAUGGAACGAGUCCACCUUCAUCACAAUCCUUGGAAUUGCAACUGUGAUAUCCUGUGGCUCAGUUGGUGGCUAAAGGAGUCUGUACCCGCCAAUACGAGUUGCUGCGCCCGUUGCCAUACUCCGACACUCUUUAAAGGUCGCUACAUUGGGGAAUUGGACCAUAGCUACUUUCAGUGUGACGUUCCUGUCAUAGUGGAGCCACCCUCUGACUUAAACGUGACAGAGGGCAUGGGUGCAGAGCUCAAAUGUCGGACAAGCUCCUUGACAUCAAUCAGCUGGCUCACACCAAAUGGCUCCCUGGUGACACACGGGGCUUAUAAAGUGCGACUGUCUGUACUCAAUGAUGGGACACUUAACUUUACCAGCGUCACAAUGCAAGACACUGGGACGUACACCUGUAUGGUCAGCAACACAGCGGGCAACAUCUCCGCCUCGGCUGUACUCAAUGUCACAUCUGUGGAAAACAGCGGGGUGACCUAUUUUACAACAGUCACAGUGGAGACCACUGAGACCCCAGGUGAUGACAGCCACACGCCACUCCCCCCAUUCGGUUGGGUGUCAUCCUCGACGACAAAAACGACUCCGGUUUCAACGAGGACCACAGAGAGGACUUACACCAUUCCGGUUCUUGAUUUGGACGGUGAGGGAGCCCUCAACGGCCUGGAUGAGGUGAUGAAAACCACCAAGAUUAUCAUUGGCUGCUUUGUGGCCAUCACACUUAUGGCUGCUGUUCUACUUGUUAUUUUCUACAAAAUGAGGAAGCAGCAUAACCAACAGGAUCCUGAUGGCCCAGCCUCCUCUAUGGAAGUCAUUACCGUUGAAGAAGAGCUUGCAGGUGUUGCUGCUAUUGACAGACACCUAUCGCUGCCCCCACUGGAGCACUACAACCACUACAACAGCUACAAGAGCACUUAUCAUCAUCCCUCUAUGCUCAGUACCAUACACAGCUCUACCACACAGGAACAUUUACUGAUUCAAGCCUGUUCAAAAGACAAUGUACAAGAGACCCAAAUCUGAGCCUAAAAUUCAACUGGAACAGUUUUAGGAGUACAAUGGACACCACAAAGAAGAUGGAAUACUGCAAUAUUACAUUAACACAGUUAAUGUCAAUGACGGCGCUAAAUCAACAUUUGGCAAAGGAACCACAAAAGCUACUUUAUUAAGUGUCUUUACAAAAACAAAGAUUAUUUAUUUAAAAAGUAUGUCUUGUGACUAAAUGACAAACACUAAUUGUGAUAGCUUUUUAGCUUGUUUUGCUUUCUCUUUUUCCUCUCUCACUCCCUCUCUCUGUAAUAUUGCACAAGGAAAAGAAUGGUUUGGCAAAUGUGAAUAUGGAAUGUCUAAUACUGAAAUGAAUACAAGGUCAUUGAAUUAAGUGUUUGGUCGAAGCUGGCAUUAUUUUAGGGUUUAUAAGCAUUCAUUUGAUGGUUGUUCAGUAUGAGUCCACAUUGAGGCAGCUGUCGAUAUGAUUCCCAGCAUACAGUAAGAUGAGUUAAUUUUCCUAAUCAUGCGGUUCUAGCUGCCUUUCAGGAGAAUCUUUUGAUGGAAAAGCUCUUGAUGUUAUCAUAGGGAAGCCUGAGUGUCUGAGUACGAAAGCAUUCAAAUUAGUAUGUGCAUUUCUCCCUGUGGCUCCUUAAAGCAGCCAUAUAUCAUUCAUUGUAAUUAAGAUGAGUAACGCCGCCAUUUACCUAUUAUUAUUUACACUUUAGUUCUUUCUUAAUUAUUUUCUCCUGUUCAUUUUCUCAUGUCUAUCAAGCCUCCUGUCUCCUCUCUCUCCUUCUCCUUUUGUCAGUGUCCUCAUGCUUGUCCUUUGAUUGUCACUGCUGCUUAAUUCAGGGACGUUCCCCACCCCUUGCCAUGUCUCAUUUGUCUCGCGUUAGCCGUCGGCAUGUGCCGCACGAUGGCAGAAUAUUGCUUGAGAAAAUGAAGGGGAGCAUAAGGCUGAAGUCAGUAGCCUCCUUUUUAACCCAGUUAUGAUGUAUGUCCAUGCAGUGUCACGUUACCUCGCCAUCACCCUUGGGUCACACGAGCUCAUGUGCUGAUCGUCCAUCUGUUGGUACAGAUAAAGAGGCAAAUGAGGCAGCUUUGUAAUGUAGUGUGACCUUGUCAGACCAAUCCAGACAGGGCUAACGGACUCAGUGAAGCGGCGAGGGACCUGGCACAAAAAAAGGGGAGCUGGGUUAUGUCUCAUUAAACUGAAUCAGCAGUUCAUUUGCAGACCAACAGCGGAAAACUGAUAACCCAACAGCGUUAAGACUUUUUCAUCAUCCAUAUACCAAGCAUCUAUCAGGGGUCGAGAACUUUAUGGAACCAAACCCUGCUCGGUGUCAUCGUUGUCAGAUGAAAAAAAAAAAAAAAAGGAUACACUUUGAUGCUGCAUCAUUUAUAGACCAUCAGAACAUUGUCUCUGUAGUCAGCUUUUUUUUUUUCAUUCAGUCUUUCGGAUAGCUAAAAGGAAGAACAGUAGGUGUGUGGAGGAAGGAGAGAUCCACAACGGUCAUGAGGGGUCUUCAAACUGAAAUAUGGAAGAUAUGAAGGAAGCGGAAUAAAAAAUUUAUAAGGCAUAAGGAGGCAAAACUAGCCAUCAGACUGUCUCCAUGGAAACAGUGACCUUGUGCAGAAAGUAAGAUGUGGUAGAUAUGACUGCUCGUCUGUUCAACAAGCUUAUUUUGAUUUCCCAGUGAAGAUUACACAGAUGGCAGUGAUUAUUUAUAAAGUUGAAAAAUUGUAAUUGUCAUUUACAGAUGGAGUAAUCGAAUUAGAGCAACAUAUGACAUCAUCAUUGCAGAGCACUGCAGCCUCAUGUUUUUAAAUGAAAUACAUUGGUGCAUGAUUUGAAAAUGUGACCAGUUUAUGUUUACAAUGCUCCUUCCUUCAUUGAGUUUAAAUUCAGUAAGGGCUGCAACCGUGGAGGAGGAAUAUAAUAAAGGCCCAUCACUCACAGACGCAUCUGUGUCUGAUCAGUUAGUCACCCACAUUUUUUUUCAUUAGUUCUCAAUUACAAAUUUGAUGGAAGCAAAGUAUAUAUGAGAAGACCAAUGUGUGGGUGCACACUGGAGAAAUGGAUUUGAAAAUGUCGGCCUUUCUGGUGGUGUUAUGAAUGAUGUGGGCAUCAAUAGUAACAUUCACUUGUGUGAACCAUUCUUUCCCUUUUCUACUCUUUUCUGUUUUGGUGCCCUCAGUUUCUUUUUAAUGCUUUUGGUGAGUUAUUGAUUCAGUGUUGAUGCUGGCUAUAAUUAAAACAGUUGGGAUUUUAUAUACGUAUAUAUAUUUCGGAAUGAGGGUUGAGAUGUUUUUUUUUUUUUUUUUUUACCAGAUUGAUUGAAUUUUUUUUCUGCAUUGGUAGUUUUAUGUACAUGAGGAAACUGUCCCAAUGUGAGGGGCUGUUUGGGGACAAGACUGAGAAAGAUGUGUAGAAUGUUGGAAAUGAAAUACCAGCAGAGUGAACUUGAUUUUUGUGCAAAACCCAAGCCAAGGUCACACAAUUCUUGUGAGUUAUUCUGCCAAUGGUGUAUGUAUGGGGAUGGUUACUGUCUGUAGGAAUAUUCUCUCUUAUUUUUUGGAGAGAACAACCAUCAAAUGGUUAAAUUUCUACAAAAAUAAAAAAAAUAAAAAAAUAAAACAGUUCCAAAAACAUUGCAAAAAAAAUAUUAAGCUAAUAAUUUUACAUGUGCUUCAAUUGUUUAAAAAAAUGCAGAAGAAAAACAAGAAAUAAAGAACAGCAAGAGACUGUGCUUGUACAAGUCCAGCUAAUUUCUCUGCGGAUGAAGUCCACUUAUUGAUACCUGAGAUUGUAGUUCUUUCUGUACAUGAAUAUGAAUAAAAUGCUUUUUUUUUCCUAAUA